AUGGUGUUACUGCCGAAAUGUCUUGUUUUCUUGGUUUUCCUGGUAACAUGCAAUGGGCAGAUGUUGAAGCUGACCGAAGAGCAAAAUGAGAAAAGACUCAAAAUCUGUGGGAGAUCGGAAAAAUCCGCCUACUAUUACGAUUUAGACGGAGGAUAUCGAACUUUUAUGGUGUCGCCUUACCACUUUAUUACGGAUCUUAGCAUUAUUGGAUCAAAAUAUAGCAUGAAAUCUUGUAAAGCAGAAAACAAGGACAUCUCUUCGGUAAUUAAUAUCGACAAAUUCCCAGCUCGGCUGAUUGGUCAGUGCAAGGCAAAACCGAUUGGAGCUGUCAUUGGAGCUUUCAGUAUGCCCAGGAACGAUUACUUAUGUAUUCAAGGAAAGCAACUUGUGGCAGGAGAUGCGGUCAGAAUUCUAGUCAAGAAUUUAUAUAGAACUGGAUAUGUUGUUGAAUGCAAAAUCCCAAAAAGUGAAGUGUUCUGUGCGGAAUUCAGCCAUGGAGUCUCUGGAAAUGUAUUUUUUGCGGCAAACGGUGACUGGACAUUUGUUGGAUAUACAAAUCGUGUGUUGAAUAGUGAUAAAGCUUACGACAUCCUAGAGAUCGUUUACAUCAAUUCGUUCCGUGACGAGAUUUGUAAAACUACAGGGAUUUGUGAUGAGCCAAUGAAGCCGACUCCAACAGUCCACAGGCCAUUAAAAAAGCUUAAUGCUAAGGAGAAUACGGAGAUUUUAAAGAGCUGUGGAAAACACGGGUCACUGACUGGAGUAUGGGUUGACCGGAGAGAUCAAUUUGCCAUACACUAUAUCUCUCCUUACCAUUCCAUCACUGAUAUCGAUUUGAUAGACGAAUCGAAAUACACAGUGGAUAAAUGCAAUAAAAACCUGCUUUCCAACAUGCUUCACACCAACCGACCAUUUCCUGCAGUUCUACUGGGUAAAUGUAGUAAUCCGAAACCAGGACUAAUUCUUGGAGACCAUCACAUAUCACAUACGAUUAAUCAGCAUCAUUUAUGUAUACAGAAGAAACGUCUGAAAGCUGGUACAACUGUGUUAUUUAAGAAAGAUAUAUAUACUAGUACUACUGAAUACUACAAUGGAAAGAUUGUUGAUUGCGAUUUGCCAAAAACUUCGCUUUUCUGUGUGGAAACUGAUCCAGAUGCUCAUGGAAUUAUUUUCUUAAAUACUAAAGGGGUGGCCGAUUCGAUCGUUGGGUUCCUCACAAAGGUGGUGAAGAUGGAGAAAGGAGUGGCAACUCACGAAGGAGUAUAUUUACAAUCAUAUGCUAAGGAGAUUUGCACAGCUUCUGGAAUUUGUGAUCUGGAUAUGAAAGGUUUAGCCCCUGUGCCAAAACCUGUUGUUGUUCCUCGAUUGACUACUUUGCCAACUCCAGCUGUGAUCACUACCGAAGCUAAGAUCUUUACAACAGAGGCAAUUGCUACCACACCACGAGCAAUUCCUCCAGCUGUCGUAACUACUGAAGCUACCCAACCAGAAGUUGCGACUACACUUCCGGAACCAUCAACCACCUCUGAGCCCUUGACCUCUGCUCCAAGGAUGGUAGCGACCACGGAUGCUCCCAAAAGUACAGCUCCAGCAACGGACCCCCCGAGAACUACAAUUCCUCCAGCUAUUGUCACUACUGAAGCUAUCCCACCAGAAGUUACGACUACAACUUCGGAAUCAUCGACAGCACCGGUCCCUCCUGAGCCCUUAACAUCUGCUCCAAGUAUGGUGGCAACCACGGAUCCUCCUGAAGCUACAGCUCCAGCAACGGACCCCCCGACAACUAUGAUUCCUCCAGCUGUCGUGACUACUGAAGCUAACAUCAUUACAACAGAGGCAACAGCUAUUAUACCAAAAACCGUUCCUCCAGCCGUCAUAACCACUGAAACUACUCCAGCAGAAGUUGUAACCGAACUUUUGGAAACAACGACAGCACCGGCUCCCGCUGAAGCAUUGACCGCUGCUCCGGCUCCAGUGAAGGAGCCUGCAACUCCAGAACCUACCAAGACUCAGGCACCAGUUCCUAGUGAACCAGAAGUUCCUCAAGCUUUUACACAAGGCAUCGAUUGUGAGAAGACGCAUCUGUGCUUUGAUGACGAUAUUUUUGGAUCUGCAAGUCAAUUCAAUAUUAUUCUCAUUUUUAUUCCUACGGUCUUUUAUCUAAUUCUCCUAUUUGAAUUUUAA